AUGCCCCAAGAGAACGCUUCAGCCCAAACACAAUCCAUUCAACAACAUGGACAAGGCCAACAAGUCUUGGAUCUUGAUGUGCUUAUCGUCGGAGCUGGAGUCUCAGGGUUGGCCACCGCGCACGAGUUGAGGAAACGGGCUCCGGAUUUGAAGUUAUUGAUCGUUGAAGCGAAGAGUCGUGUUGGCGGGCGAACGUUGACAGUCGAGAUGAAAGGGAGAACGGAUAAGAUGGAGAAAUUCGAUUUGGGAGGUCAAUGGGUCGGCAAAACGCAAUCGCACAUUCUCGAGAUUAUGAAGGAAUUCAAGAUACAAACUUAUGACCAAUACACUGACGGAAUCAAACUCGCUCAAAUGGGUGAUGUGAACGAGUUGCGUCCUUACGUUUCUGCGUUGUCGGAGAAGAAUUUACGUCACUACACUGAGGUGGAGUUAUUGGAUUUCUUCACGAACACGAAUAAACUAAAAGCUUUAUGUGACAAGCUGGACUUAAUCGAAAUCUUCGAGAGUCAGGAUGCUGAAGUUUUGGAUCAGAUGACUGUUUCACAAUGGACAAGAGACAAUUGCCAAACGGAUACCGUGGAAGAUGUGAUGGAGCUGGGAUCGAGAAUCGUUUACGGUGUGCCAUUCACAAGAAUGUCGAUGCUGUAUCACUUGUUUUUCUCGAAAAGCGCAGGUGGCUAUCAGAAUCUCGUCGAGUCGAUUGGUGACGGAGCGCAAGCGAUCAGAUUACAUGGUGGCACUCAGCAAAUAUCGGAGCGUUUGGCGCAGCCGUUUAUCGAGAACAACACCCUCAAGAUGAACACAGCCGUCAGUCGGAUUGACAUCGACACGCAAACCGGACUCGCUCGAGUUCGAAUGUACGACACGAAGAACAAGGACGCUGUGUUAAGAAUGCAAAUUGUUCGCGCCAAGCGAGUCAUCAUGGCUAUUCCACCAACCGAAUGCGGAAAGCUUCGUUGGGUGCCUGAGGUUCCAUUCAUGAAGCGAAGAUUAUUCGACAACAUGUACUUUGGAAAUAUGAUUAAAUUCGUUGUCACCUACAAGCGAGCUUUCUGGAGAGAAAAGGGAUAUUCAGGAGAAGUUGUGUCAAUGGGACGAACAAAUGAGGAAGGGGAGAUGCUUCCCGUUGUUGAUGCUUACGACGGUUGUGCUCCUGGUGGAACGCCGGCUAUUGUCGGCUUUAUGCGAGAGGAGUACGCUGACUACACCAAAGAGCUGCGUUGUAAAGAGGCCGUUGAUGAUUUGGCCAGAAUUUACGGUGACGAAGCGCAAGACUUCAUUGAUUACGAUGAAAAAGUUUGGGGACAAGAGCCAUUUAACGGUGGUUGCCCGGUCGCCUAUGUACCACCUGGCCAAAUGGACGCUUUUGCUGCUAUCCGUGAACCACAUCACAAUGUUCACUUUGCUGGUACCGAAUCGGCUACACAUUGGAUGGGCUACAUGAGUGGCGCAGUGCAAGCCGGACGAAGAGCCGCCCACGAGGUGUUGCAUAUGCUCGAUCGUGACGAUGUUGUCCACUUCAGCUAUUUGACUGAUUCUACAUUUGCUGCCGGAUUCUUAGAGAAACAACAACAAGGAGCCACUCAACCAAAGUCGAAAAUG